AUGAAUGAUAAACUUACGAAACCUGUUGAUGUGUUAGAAAUUAAAGCAGCCCUUUUCUCUAUGAAUCCUGAUAAAGCUCCUGCUAUAGAUGGGAUGCCUCCUAAUUUUUUUCAAAAGUUUUGGAACAUUAUUAAAGAAGAUCUGGUCAAGGCUAUUCAAACUUUUUCUCAUACUGGGCAUCUUGUUAAGUCAGUCAAUCAUACAAUCAUCUCCCUCAUUCCCAAAGUCAAAAAUCAUACAUCCCUUAAGCAGUACCGACCCAUCAGCCUCUGCACUACUGUUUACAAGAUCAUAGCCAAAGUCCUUGCUAAUAGACUCAAGCAGGUUCUUCAUCACUGCAUUAGUAAGAAUCAGUCAGCCUUCAUCCCCGGAAGGCAAAUUCUUGAUAAUAUCAUGCUCUCUCAUGAGUUCAUUCAUUAUCUUAAUAACAAAAGGCUAGGCAAAGAUGGUUUUAUGGCUGUGAAAUUAGACAUGUCUAAGGCUUACGACAGAGUUGAAUGGAGGUUUUUGGAUGCUGUGAUGAACAAAAUAGGAUUCAAUGACCGAUGGAGGAAGUGUAUGUCAACAGUCAGUUACUCUUUCACGAUUAAUGGGGAAAUCAGAGAAUAUGUGUCCCCCCGGAGAGGAAUUAGGCAGGGUGAUCCGUUGUCACCAUAUUUGUUCCUCUUAUGCUCAAAAGGACUCUCUAGUCUACUCCACACAGCUACUGAGGAAAAAAGGAUAAGGGGUCUAAAACUCAGUAGACAUAGUCCUACGGUGUCCCAUUUAUUUUUUGCUCAUGAUUCGUUGAUAUUUUGCAAAGCCGACCCAAACAAUGCCAUGGAACUCAGAAGGAUUCUCCUGGUGUAUGAGAAGGGUACUGGACAGAUGAUUAACUUGGAGAAGUCAUCGGUUCUCUUUAGUAGAAAUGUGGUCCAACAAUUACAAUUGGUUAUUUCGCAAGCUCUGGGAGACAUUCAGAUACUUGCUAAAGGGAGAUAUUUGGGGCUUCCAAUGGUAGUUACUCGAUCCAAACACCAGAUAUUUGGGUACAUCAAGGACAACAUUCAACACAGGUUACAAAAGUGGAAAAAUAAGCUGUUAAGUGCGGCUGGGAAAGAGGUAAUGCUUAAGGCAGUAGCUCUAGCCCUGCCAACAUACACUAUGUCAUGUUUCAAGAUUCCUAAAAGGCUGUGUAAGGAUAUAAACUCCACAAUGGCAAAUUAUUGGUGGGGAGAGGUUCCUGCAAAUGCCUCAUGGAUCUGGAAAGGAUUGAUGGGGGCAAGGAAGUUUAUGGUGGAAGGAAUUCGGAGAAGGAUAGGGAAUGGGAAAAGUACCAAUAUAUGGGAUGAUUACUGGAUUCCAAAUGCUCAUCUUGGCAAGGAUGCUGAAAAGAUUUUGAAAAUCCCCAUCAGUUUAGGGUAUAGAGAGGACUGUCACUACUGGAUCCAUGGAACUAAUGGUAUCUACACUGUGGGGUCAGCAUACAGGAAGUUAACUCAGACAAAAAUGCAUCACAAUAAGAAAGGUGGAAUGGAGGAAGCUAGUACAAGCUGGAGCAACCAAAGCCACGGACUCUGGACGUAUCUGUGGAAGCUCAAAGUUAAGCAUAAAGUGAAGAUCUUCCUUUGGAAAUGCCUUAGCCAAGCUCAACCAGUAAGACAUUUAAUAGCCAGCAGGACAAAGCAAGGGGACCCAAUCUGUAGAGGCAGUGAGGAGAGUGAAACAAUUGAACAUGUCUUACUCCGCUGCAGCUAUGCCUCACAAGUCUGGAGGUUAGCACCCAUCCAAUGGGAUGUAACUCUGGACCAACAAAGUUGCUUCAACAGGUGGUGGACCAUGGUGACAGCAGCCAAAGCUCGAAGAGAAGGAAAUGACCAUCUAUCAUUAACAGCAAAUAUCCUCUGGCUGCUGUGGAAAAGCAGAAAUGCAAGAGAGUUCAAUGCUAAGCAGAGGCAGCCAUGGAAAACGGUUCAGAAAGCUCACGAAGAGUGGGCCAAUUCUCAACUUGGUAUUGGGAUCACAUGCGCUGGGAAUUUUCAACACCAGUGUCAAGGGUGGGCGCUACAUGAGAGAAGUGCAGGACAUCAGCUUAUUGAUGGAUUAGAAGCUGUCAAAUUAUUACUCAGUAAAGCCGCUGUCCACCAGUUUGAAAAUAUUGAGGUGCAGUUGGACAAUAAACAAGUCUUUCAUCUCAUUCAGAAUGCCAAAACGCAGGACAUGCGUCUCACAACGCUGCUCGAGGAUAUUCUUACUUUGAAGGCCUUGUUUCAAAUGUGCUCUUUUUGCUUAGUUGAUGGAGAUAAUAAUCAUUUGAGUAAUAGGAUUAGCGCUUAUGCGUUGAAUAUCAGUCAAGAUGAGGAAUUUGAGAUUCCUUAG